GUAAAUAAGAAUACCGACAUGUAAUUUGUAGGCAUCCAUACGUGUCCAAUAAUAUUGUCCAAAUUGGCAAAGGCAAUAGAAAGCAAGUACAAUAAAGCGUGUGGUCCUUGCUUUAAGACAAUAGAUUGUCACAGAUCUUCUUCAAACUUCAAAGCCAUUGCAACAACCUGCACGUAAUGUAGUAUCAUAUUUUGAUGCUUUCCAUAUUCUCUUCUCUUCCUACCGCAACUCCAUUUAAAGAAACCUACUCUUAGCUCAAAAAUUGCACCAAUUGUACAAGUCUAAGCCAAAACAACUUGAUGGCAAAAUGCACAAAGUCUCUAGUUAUGUUCCCAAUCCUCUUGCAAACUAUAUGCUUCCUUUUGUUCCCACAACCUCUAAUGUCUCAAGAAAACAAUUUUGUUCGUCAACCAGCUAGUCAGCUCAUCAUCACUCCCCAUCAACGCUCCAAUUCAGAACCUCAACAGGUGCAUAUUUCAUUGGUGGGGAAAGAUAAGAUGAGAGUGUCAUGGAUAACGGAAGACAAGGAAACAGAAACUAUGGUUGAGUAUGGAACCAAAGCAGGGGAGUAUAGUGAAAAAACAAUGGGGGAGCAUACAUCGUACCAAUAUUUUUUCUACAAUUCUGGAAAAAUACACAAUGCUGUGAUUGGACCUUUGGAGCCAAACACAACUUACUUCUACAGGUGUGGAGGUUUGGGUCCUGAGUUUUCCUUCAAGACACCACCCUCUAAGUUUCCUAUUGAAUUUGUCAUUGUUGGAGACUUGGGACAAACUGAAUGGACUGCAUCAACCCUAAAACAUGUCGACAAAAGCGACUACGAUGUAUUCUUGAUACCAGGAGAUCUAUCAUAUGCAGACUCACAACAACCAUUAUGGGAUUCUUUUGGUCGUUUAGUAGAACCAUAUGCUAGUAAAAGACCAUGGAUGGUUACUGAAGGAAACCACGAAAUUGAGAUUUUUCCAAUUAUAUACCCAAAAGGCUUUGAGGCUUACAAUACCCGUUGGCCAAUGCCAUUUCAAGAGAGUGGUUCAAACUCAAAUCUCUAUUACUCUUUUGAGGUUGCUGGGGUACAUAUUAUUAUGCUGGGUUCAUAUGCUGAUUUUAGUGUUGAAUCACAACAAUAUGAGUGGCUUCAAUUAGACCUUACUAAGAUUGAUAGGGUGAAGACACCUUGGGUUAUUACAAUGGUUCAUGCACCUUGGUAUACUACUAAUGAGGCACAUCAAGGUGAAGGUGAAUCCAUGAGACAAGCUAUGGAAGAGUUGCUUUUUAAGGCUCGUGUUGAUUUGGUUUUUGCUGGACAUGUUCAUGCGUAUGAACGAUUUACUCGAAUUUACAAUAACAAGGCUGAUUCAUGCGGUCCAAUGUAUGUGACAAUUGGGGAUGGAGGAAACCGCGAGGGACUUGCACUAAGGUUUAAGAAUCCUCCAAGUCCACUCUCAUUGUUUCGAGAGCCAAGCUUCGGUCAUGGAAGGUUACGAAUACUGAAUGAAACUCAUGCACAUUGGUCAUGGCAUCGCAACAACGACAAGGAUGCAAUUGUAGCUGAUGGAAUCUGGAUAGAGAGCUUAAGCAACUUGAAAGCAUGUUCAGAGACGCCAAACCAACAAGUUGCUCAUCAAGAGCUGUAAAUUCUCAAUUUUGAGCAAUAUUUGUUGCACAAAUAAUGUAAAGUUGAGGACCUGUUUAUUACGGGUUAUUUUUGAAGCUACUCAAAACAACUUAUCGUUUUAAACAACUUUUAUGCAUAAUUUUUUUAAUCUCAUUCCUUAGAAAUAUGUACACAAUUCUCUAAAUUUCAUUUUCUUUGAUAUUA